AGGUAAAACGAGGAAACGCACAACUGCCACCUACAGGUGAUUACUUAGAAUUGCAGAUUAUAGCUUCGACACAGUUCUCGCGAGAUCUCAGUUAUUUUCAUGACCAAAACAGGAACUGAAACAUGGCAUCAGUGUUCGGAGGAAUAGAGGGUGGAGGGACCCACUCCAAAGCAGUGUUGCUAUCAGGAGAUGGGAAAAUCCUAGCAGAGGCGGUGGGGCCAUGCACCAACCACUGGUUAAUUGGAGUGGACAAAUGUAUUGAAACUAUCAAUGAUAUGGUCCAGAGAGCCAAGACAGAGGCAGGACUGAAUCCAAACACCCCAAUUUACUCUCUGGGCAUGUCUCUGAGUGGAGGGGAGCAGAAGGAUGCCAUUGACAAAGUGAUCGCUCUCAUGAGUGAACGCUUCCCCAGUCUCAGCAAACACUACUUCAUCACCACUGAUGCCAUUGGUGCCAUGGCAACGGCCAGUGAUCGGGGUGGUGUAGUUCUGAUAUCAGGGACUGGCUCAAACUGCAAGUUAGUCCAUCCUGAUGGCUCUCAGAUUGGCUGCGGGGGCUGGGGUCACAUGAUGGGUGACGAAGGAUCAGCAUUCUGGACAGCUCAAUUGGCUGUGAAAACAGUGUUUGAUGCCAGAGACAAUCUGGUUGCUCCUCCUCAUGAUAUUACACAUGUUAGAAAAGCCAUGGAGGAAUAUUUCCAGGUGACAGAUCUGAUGGGAAUGCUGCCACACCUCUACACAAACUUCAAGAAGUCCUUCUUUGCUGGUUUCUGCAAAAAGCUGGCUGAAGGUGCAGAGGCCGGAGAUGCUCUCUGUAAAUACGUGUUCACGCAGGCUGGGAGAGUCCUGGCAAAACAUGUGGAAGCAGUCUUGCCUGCAGCGCAGGAGUCUUUAUUAAACGGUGAACUCGGUCUUCCUAUCCUGUGUGUGGGCUCCGUGUGGAAGAGCUGGUCUCUCUUAAAAACAGGGUUCACUGAGGUCCUAGAUAAGGCAGCAUCAUCUGACAAGUUCAAGGGCCGUUUCCAUGGCUACAGCCUCCUGAUGUUGAAGCAGUCCUCAGCCCUCGGAGGUGCCAGUCUUGGGGCUCAGAGUUUAGGGGCCACUUUAAAUUUGGAUUAUGCAGCCAAUGCAAACGUCUUCUAUCAACACACCUUCAAUGGUAGCCAAUGAAAACGGAAUACAUUACCACUUUGUAAUUAUUUGGGUCCAAAACUUCUAAUGUUCUAAUAAUGACUCAAAUAAUGAUGGUGUAAAAAUGGUGUUGCACACAAUUUAAUUUAAUUUCAAAUAUCAAGAGAGCAGAUGAAAAUAUGCCAGAUGAUUUUAAUGGUUGUUUGAUUGCUACUUUGAAAAGAAAGUUACUAUGAAUUUCACUAUACUGUCAAAACAUUUUUUACGCUUUUGAACACUUGUGAUUUAUAAUAAAAAUGCCAGUGAUUUUGCUGAAAAUGUUUGCAGAAUUAUAUCUUAUCUUUAACCCCCCUCAACACUUAAAAAUACUCCAAAGCUCACAGAAUGUUUUGUGAUAAGUUAUCACAGCUCAAUAAGGAGAGACCUUUGGAAGUGAAGAGCAACCCUUACAGAUGUAACUGAGGUUCAGUGUUAAAUUCAUUUUGGGAAUUAGACUUUGAGGUGAUGCAUCAUAACAGAAUGAUGUCCAUAAUAAAACUAUACAAGGUGUGUCUGGGAUAAGGUGGAGAGGAGGAUGAAAGGGGAUGUAGAGUCCGAAUGACAAGUAAAGGAAUUUGACAGUGUGGAAAAGUGAAAAUGAUGGAGCAGCAGGAGUUGCUCACACAUCUAGAAGUGAAGGCAAACCAAAAGGAACAGAUCUAAUUAAAGUGAUGAGCACAUCACAUUGCCUGCAGUUCUUUACUGAUUAUGUAAUAAACCGAAUGAGAAGCAUACAUCUCUGAAAGACGUCUGUAGUCACUACAAAAUUAUUUUCUUGUAAUUGAUUUUCUGUAACACAUGUAAUAUUGAGUCAUGGUUAUAUUAGCCAAACAUUUGCUAUAAACAUGAUUAAUUAAAUGAGUGGUUGGUUGUCUUUCUCUAUGUUAUAUUAAAUGAAUGAUGAAUUACUCUUAGCAAGUUGAUUGACUGUUGGGGAUUUUAUAUGAGAUUAAAAAACGAGGCAGGAUGUGAUA